AUGAAAUUAAAUUUUUUUAUAUAUUUAUUUUUAAUUUUAUUUAAUUUUAUAAAUAAAUGUGUGGGUGAUAGGGGUUUACCCUCUUGUGACCUAUGUGUUGGAGAUAAUAUACCUUUAUGCCAACCAGAUUAUAAAAUAUGUAUAUGUGAAGAUGGUUAUCAAGGAACCUAUUGUAACGAGUCUUCAGAUUUGUAUGUUACAUCAUAUCGACCUGCAAGUUCUAUUGGGGGUUACGCAUGGCUAUAUGGGUACUUUACCGAUAUUCACACAAAUGAAGAGGUGUACAUUAACAACAUUCAGGUUCUAGUGACCCAAGCAAAUAAGUAUAGCUACCUUGUUUUCGUGGAUGAAUUGGACGAAAAUGGGGUUUAUGAUUUACUAGUAAAGCAAAAUGGCAAAUCAUGGUUCGGAAAAGAUUAUUAUAGUCCUCUUGGAUUCCAAUGCGACAGUUCAAAUGGCUACUUUUAUAAUAACAUCUGCUAUUGCAAUAGAAAGUAUCAAGGUAAACACUGUACUGAACUCUCACCUAUUGCAAUAGAUUAUAAAAUACAAGUUUCAAUUAAUGGAGGUGUUAUUGAUGGCAGUGGAUGGUUUGGCGAUGAACCAAGCUACUUGGAUUUAACUUUUGUUAUUGGAAUGGAUUUUAAUAAUUCGAUAAAUAUUAGUUCUAUAAAUUCUACAAAUUUCCAAGGUACAGUGAAAGAGGUUUCUAAUGGAGGGCCACAAGAUAUAAGGAUUUAUAAUACUACGGAUAAAGCUUUAGUUUUUACAGGAACCAAUAUGCUUUAUUAUAACUCAAGUAUAUGCAAUGAAAAAUGCUUAAAUGGAUAUGAAUGUAUAGAUAGUAGAUGCGUAAUAGUUCAAAUUAGUAGUAAUGAUAGCAGUGCCGGUAGCAGUAAUAGUAGCUCCUCUAACCAAGAGUCUGGUGAUAUAUUUUGCAGAAAUGAAGGAAAUGGAUUAACAGUUGGAAGCUUUACAUCGGUUAAUUGUACAGCCUAUAGUGCUAGCAAGUGUGUUGAUAAUAAUAACCAUAUAGAGUGUACUCGUAAUACCAAUGGAAUUGUAACUUGUGUAACACCCAAAUCCAAUAGCUCAAUUUCUUGUUAUGGUACAUCCAUAGAAUGUACUUCCUCAAAUGUUAAAUGCAGUAUCGAUUCAAAAGGAAAAAUGGAGGUAAACGAUGUACCAACAACAAAAACCACUGUUCACUUCAAAGAUGGUAAAGAAAUUGAUGAAAAUAGUAGUAGUGAAGUGAUCAAUAAUGGUAGUUCAACAUCACCAUCAUUUUUAAUAUUUUUAUCAAUUAUAUUAUUACAAAUUCUAAAAAUAUAA